AUGGGCUCUGGAGCAUCAGCAGAAGAACACCGUCAUUCACGGUUGUUCCGCGAAGGCUAUAAGGCCCUACUGGAGGGUCGCUACACAUAUGCAGAGAUUUAUUACGAUCAGGCGAUUGAGCGACACGAGGGACACGCAUUCUGGUCUCGUAUCGACAAUUUUAUUGAGUGGGAGCGUAAACCAGAUAAGGGCGAACGAAAGAAAGUGGAUGGAAAGAACGAAAGCUCCACCACUGCGCCACCCUCACGAGAUGAACAGCAAUCCUCAUCCCAACAAGAACAAGAAGAAAAGAAGGAAGAAGAUGAUGUAAUAAAACCCACAGAUGAAGAAAUGAGUGAUGGAGAAGGAAAAGAAAUGGAGGAACAAUCUAAUGUACUGGAAUUCCCCUUAGACGGUCGUCUGAUCACUGUAUUGGAGUAUCUGCAACUCCGUGCGGAUAUUGCGGAUUCCUAUAUGCUUGCCGGUCGACUGGAAGAAGCAGCUCCACAUGUGGAUUAUAUUUCCAUCCAUACAGAGGCAGCAAUGCGGUGUCUGCAAAUCGCCCGAGAUAAAGCCGCCGGAGAGGAAAAUAAUGGCGGUAAUGCAAAUCCACUGGAUAAUUUGAAUGCGGGUGGUAAUCAACGCCGUCCACGGUUAGGGAUGAUGACGGAAGACCCUGAACGGGAUUCUAUUCUUGAUUGUCUCGAUCAACACCUGCGACUUCAUUGGGUUUCCUCCACGGCGAAUGGUGUUUAUAUUGCCUUUGAACGCUUCCGUGGUGGACAAGGUGAGAAGAAACGUAAGAAGGAAUUGGAUGCCGCCGUUCUCACAUGUUUACGUGUGGAAGAGGCGUUAUUUAAUUUCGCCAGACGCCGUGCAAAGAGUUUAACAAAUGCUGUUGUAUUAAGUUUCCUGGAGGCUCUUAUUGAAGACUUGGACGCCGACUCCUCCUGCAGUUCUGAACCAGAAGAACGUAAUUCCAAACGCACAAAGAGUAAGAAUAAACUCCGCGGUGGAUCCGUUGAUGAGACUCCGAAUAAAGGUAAUAACACCAGUGUGUCGAAUAACAAAUCUAUGGGAAAUCGCAGUAUGGCGGAUGCCUCUGUGAUGGAGCCAAAAGAAGCCGUUAAUCCAAUGAUCAUUCGUCUACAAAUUCUCCCCGAUCGUAAAAUGAUGUGCCGAAGUGUACCGGCCCCUCAACAGGGAGCGGCAUUACGACACGUGCCGUGGAUGGAUGAAGAGAUCCGCCGCGUGGUGCCGGGAACAAAUUAUCAUCUUGAGAUUCAAUGCGGUAUGGUGGAUGAUAAACGAAAGAAACAACUCCAAAAGAGGGCUUUAAAGUUUAUUGUUCAAACCAAAUGCGAUUAUAAUGAUCGUGUCCUGUUGGGAAAGAGUUUUGAUGAGGAGAAUGCUCUUUUACUUUUCCCUGUUUUGUUAAUUCAGGCGGAUGUGCAGUUGGAGCUCGGCGCGGCGACGAAAGGCAUUCAGGCACUUGAUUUGGUGGACAAACUGGCGACGCAGUUGUAUGGAAUGGAGUCGUUGGAGCGGCAGAGUCUCAUGCGGCGGGUGACGGAGUGCCGUAAACGCGGUGGAGCUCUCUUUAUGAUGUUUGAGGAUUAG